CUGCAUCUUCAUAAAUGAUUUGAAAUGUAUAUCAAAUGUGUUCUCGGGUUCCUGAUUUUGUUACAAGUACGGGUUGGGCUAGGUAUAUCUAAAACCACAAUUGUUUAUUUAAGGUGUUGUAAUUGUAAUCCUCAGCCCAAUGAUUGCUGUGUCGGUACUUUGAUUUUGCCUACUAUAGUAAUUACCACAGCUUUCUGCGCUGAUAACUGCGAAUAUGCGAUAAUAGGUAAAUAUAGGAAUAUUUCGGUUGUUAAGAGAUACAGCCAUCAACAUUACAAAAACUAUUUGAUGGAAGAUCUGAGACACAAAAUUCAACGGAACGACGUUGGCUUGUUAGGCCUCGACAGCUACGGUGAUCCAUCUGCGCCUUACCUUAGACUAAGUGCCGUUGUUAUCGAAGCUAUCUACGGACUUACCGCACUAGUUCCUGUCAUUGACAAUAUGAGACCAAGACUAGUAAAAACAAUAGUACAACGUUGUCGACAGCAUUCAAGAUAUUCGUUGGGGUACGUCAUAUGUACAGUUAAUAAAGUUUUAAGAAAGUCGAACGCACCAUGCCAACAACAACAAGGUGUCCCAUUAUUGGUAGAUGGAAAAAUAAUAGGAGUAACAGGCUUCGUCGAAAAAGCGAUGUGUGAAAACGAGCAAAAAUAUUUCUUAGCUAUAGGCCCCUCAUUAUCUUGGAUUCGCUCAAUAGUUUCUCCGAUUAAACGCCUGAAAAAUGUAAAAACUAUCCAGAACAAUAAUAAUGGAGUAGUACUUAGAGUGCAUGAAGAAACUCCGCCGCAAGAACAUUCACAGUCCACUCCUACUUUCGUAACGACCGUAAUGCAGAGUUCACCAACAACAACAUCAGUCUUGUCACCUAGCAUCAAUGUCACAUUGUUCAAGGCAAACACAACGGUAUCAAUUAUAAAUAUACCGACUACAGAAUCAACAAGUCCUAAAAAAAUUUGGUCAUCAGAUGAAAAUAGACUAAAAGGAAUAAAUGUAUUCUAAAGAGUGGCGGGCAGUCAUGAUGUUAAUAUCCUAACCCAAUCAUGGACAGCAUUGUAAUAUGUUUUUAAUUUCUUACAUAAGUAAAUAGAUUAUAGACAUGUCGAACAUAAUAUACAAAGUAAUGAUUUUAUUUACAACAGAAAACAAUCGUCACAUGGAAUACUGCUGCUAUCUUUGGGCGAGAGCUCCUGGAUGCCAGCUUGGGCGCUUUAACGUGGUUCAAAGACGUGCUAUGAGAAUUGUUGACAAUCCUGUGUUUACAGACGAUAUUGAACCACUGUCUUGGAGGAGAGACUUUGCCUCCCUAUAUCUGUUCUAUCGCUUGUACAAUGGCCAAUGUUCUGAAGAACUGCUUGACAUGAUGCCAACAGAAACAUUUCAUUUUAUCAUCACACCGCUCGCAACCGACAUACCUGGCCAUCCUCAGAUUCUGGAACCGAGUCGAUCUCGUACUGUACUGUUUCUCCCAGUCGAGGUUUUCCCGCAGGAAUACAGCAUGGAGUCCUUCAAAUGGGGUUUCAGAAGAGCGCUAAAGGGUUGGCAACGCGCUCGUGACGCCUCUGGUGUUGCAGGCGUUCAUAGGCGACGGUGACCGCUUUCCGUCAGACAGGCCGUAUGUUUGUUUGCUGCCUACAUUAAUAUAAAAAAAAUAUACUCUGCAACGGAAACACGAUGGACUCGUGCUUUCUUACCAUACCCCCUUUCCAACAAAACAAAAA